GAUAAUCCAUCGCAUAUCAGUCGAAGUUGCUUGCUGAUGAUUUUUGGUGGGGCACUGGCCUUUCUGAUGGUAUUAACUGAAUACAUUCUUGUCUCUGUAACUAGUGCAGUCACUGUCACAGUAGCAGGGGUGGUCAAGGAGGCUGUCACCAUUUUGGUUGCGGUCUUGUACUUUCAUGAUGAAUUUACUUGGUUAAAAGGAUAUGGUCUCAUCACUAUUAUGGUUGGGGUCAGUUUAUUCAAUUGGUACAAAUACUGGAAGCUUAAAAAAGGCCAUGCAAGUGAAGAUCUCACGGGAGGGUCACCAAAAGAUUCUGUGGCAAAUUAUGUUAUCCUUGAAGAGAGGGAGGAGGAACAUGAUAGCUUGGAAUGAGUACGUGGCGGCUCAGCUUGAGUCAUGUUUGCAGUCCCAUGUUUAAGGAUGCUUCCUGUUGUACCUGGGGAAAGAAAAUUUUCAGAUAUGUUGAGCUAUUACCGGCAUUAACGCUGAUAUCGGAGAAGCUUACCUUCCUCUAGCUUCUUUAAUUAGAAUGUGUGGUUUUCUGUAAGAAUGUGCUGAAUCAGAAACAGAUUUUGGCAUUCUUUUUACGAGAAGAUAAUAAAUACAGUGUAGAUUAUUACAGGUUGUAAUAGAUCAAAUGUCUUCCUUGCUUCUUUUUUACUAUCGUGGAGGAAUUUUUUGUUGCUCAUCUUGUUGUAA